AUGGCACCGUCUCGUGGCCCAACCCCCCUUGCUCGAACACUGCACACCACGCUCGACCACCACAAAGGAUCCGUGCACGUCGUACGCUACGCCAAAGGGACCGCGAAAUACGUGCUGUCUGGCGGGCAAGACCGCACCGUGCGCUUGUGGAACCCGGACUUGGGCACGGAGAUAAAGACGUAUGCUGCUCAUGGCUAUGAAGUCCUAUCUAUUACCGUCUCUCACGACAAUAGCAAGUUCGCUUCCUCUGGAGGAGACCGCCAGGUGUUCUUAUGGGACGUUGUGACUGGGACCACAAUCCGGAGGAUUCCAGGCCACAUGGGCAAGAUCUUUGCUGUAGAGUUCAACGAAGAUGCGAGUGUUCUAGCGAGCGGCUCGUAUGAUUCUACGGUUAGGUUGUGGGAUCUUCGUUCCCAAAACCGCCAGCCCAUACAGACACUGGAAGAGGCGCACGACGCUGUGCAGACUCUUCAUGUAGGACCGACUUACAUUGUGACUGGCUCUGUAGAUGGCUAUGUGCGUACAUACGACCUCCGCAUGGGAGAACUGCGCUCGGAUUUCAUAGGACAUCCGGUGACGGCUGUCAUUCCCUCCCAAGACGGUCAAACCUAUCUCGUAAUGACGCUAGACGCGCACGUCCGACUAAUGGACAUGACCACGGGCAAGAUGCUGAAUGAUUUCACCGGCCACACGAACUCAUCGUACCGCUGUCGCACAUGCUUCGGACAUGGCGAGGCGAGCGUCGUAUGUGGCGACGAGAAGGGAAUGGUGUGGGCUUGGGAUUUGGUUGAUGCAACACCUCUGCAGCCGAACCCGCCGCCGAAGGUGCACGAUAAGGUCAUCACAUGGAUAGAGCAACAUCCUAUUGAGGCUGGAGAGUUGGUCACUGCGAGCGCGGAUGGUACCGUCAAGGUCUGGCGAUAUCCUGAUGCUGCAACGUAG